AUGAAAUUAUCCGCCUUAUACGCUAUUGGCUUGUUCUUGGUCUCCUCUGCUUCUGCCAGCUGUGAAUUGUCCAGUGAUGGUAACUACUACUGUUCCUCCACCAACAAAAUCACAUAUACCGGGAUUGGAUACUCUGGUAGCUACGACAAGGUCACUGCCAUGGACGCUUCGUCUGGUUCUUGUUCCUCCGAAUCCUACAGCUUUUCGGGUAAUUUGAGUCCUUUGGACGAGGAUUUAUCCAUCCACUUCAGAGGUCCUAUCAAAUUGAAGCAGUUUGCAGUUUACUAUCCAGCUUCUUCUUCAAACAAAAAGAGAGGUGACGACUGUCAAACCACCUUGGUGCACAAACAUCACUUGCAUAAGAGAGCCACCCAGGUGGUCGAGGUCACCCAAACCGUGUACGUGGAUGCCAACGGAGUUACUCAGACCACCCAGGCCACUUCUACCCAAACCAGUGCGGCUGCGAACGUAGUAGAAGAAGACGAUGAUACCACCUCCACCACCUCCACCGCUGCUGCCUCCAGCGCGGCUGCUGCCGGUUUUAGCACCGCUGUAGCCUCCAGUGCCGCUGCUGUCUCUAGUGCCGCUGCCUCCAGUGCCGCUGUCAGUGCUUCUUCUGGGGACUGGGAAAGAUCUGCCUACUACUCCUCAGGCUCUGCCGAUGGAUUGGUAUUCUUCAACCACUACGGUGGAUCCGGAUCGGGAGUGUGGGACUCUGCUUUUGGUAACUCCAUCUCUUACGCCAACAGUGAUGCUUCUGGUGGCUCUUCGUCUCCUCAGGUGUUGGACUACACAUUGGUAGGCUCUAACACCGAGUUCAUCAUCAUGUCCGAUACCAAAUGUUCGGGCGAUGAUUGUGGAUUCUACAGAGAUGGAAUCCCUGCCUACAAAGGAUUCAGUGGUUCCAAAAAGGUGUUUGUGUUUGAAUUCCAGAUGCCUCAGGCCACUGGUGCUGAAACUGUCGACAACUACGACAUGCCAGCCAUUUGGGCCUUGAACGCCAAGAUCCCUAGAACCUUACAGUACGGUAAAUCUUCUUGUUCGUGCUGGCCGGGAUGUGGAGAAUUGGAUUUGUUUGAAAUCUUGUCGCAAGGCUCCAGUAAGUUGAUUUCUCACUUGCACUCGGACCAAGGUUCUGGUGGUGGUGGUUCUCAAGACUACUUUGAAAGACCUUACGACUCCACCUUGAAGGCUGCCGUUGUAUUUGAUGGUACUGAUGUCACCAUUGUCGAGGUUGACGAUGACUUUGACGAGGUGUUGUCUCUGUCGACGGUGCAGGGAUGGAUCGACGAAAGUGGAUCCACUGCUUCCAUCUAG